UAGCACCGUAGCUUUAUAAAAUUUUUUUAUCCCAUCUAUUUUGGUGAUUAACAGGUUGAUGGGUCAAAAAACAUGCGUGGUUAACUGGUAAUAGCUAAUAAGAUCCUUAUCUCAUACCAAGGACCAUCGCACUGUCUCCCUCAUCAUUUCUUGAUAAACAUCUCAGUCCCCUGGAUUACACCUUGAAUUUCAGUCAUGCCUGUUGCGUUCUGUCCUCCCCAUUUCCUGGUUUUAUCUGAGAUAUCUGGCAGUCACGGAAGAAGACGCAGUCCCCAGCUAAUUGUUGUUAAUUGCAAUUUAAAAGCUGGCGAGGGAGCCCAGAAACCUUUAUCACAGGACGAAGAGAAAAGCAGGGAAAUAGCACUUCCCACACAAAAGGAGCGCAGAAAAAUUGUAAAAACUGCAUGGGAAAAAAUAUUGAGAUGGUCGAGCUCGUGGCGUCUCCUCAAUGCUCGAAGUACACCUCAUGUUUUACACAAUACCAAGCAGGUGGCAGUUCUGGGAGGUGGGUCCUUUGCCACAGCCAUGGCAGUGUUAGCUGCAAAGAAUAAGGCCGAUUUGGAGGUUAACAUGCUUGUCAGAGAUAGUGCUGUCUGCAAGUCAAUUAACGAGACACAUAUUAAUGGAAAAUAUUUACCAAACCAUAGGCUACCAGAAAAUAUUAUAGCAACAACAGAUGCUAAAGCUGCUUUGCAAGGGGCUGAUUUCUGCAUUCAUGCUGUGCCUGUACAGUUCAGUGCAGCUGUUUUGAAAAACAUUUCAGAGCAUAUUUCUCCAAAAUUACCUUUUGUGUCUGUAAGCAAGGGUUUGGAACUUAAUUCAUUGCGGAUGAUGUCACAAAUUAUCCCACAGGCACUUGGAAAUCCUUUCCAGCCAGUUGUUAUAUUGUCAGGGCCAUCCUUUGCUAUUGAACUUAUGGAGAAGUUGCCUACAGCAAUGGUGGCGGCCUCAAAGGACAAGGACUUGGCAAUUGCUGCUCAGCAGCUUUUAGCUUCACAGUAUUUAAGAAUUAGCACUUCCAGUGAUGUUACGGGAGUAGAAAUUGCUGGUGCACUCAAGAAUGUUCUUGCCAUAGCAGCAGGGAUUGUAGAGGGUAUGAAUCUCGGGAACAAUUGCAUGGCAGCCGUAGUUGCACAAGGUUGCUCAGAAAUACGAUGGCUGGCAACAAAGAUGGGUGCCAAAGCAACCACACUCACUGGCGUUUCAGGUACUGGAGAUAUCAUGCUUACAUGUUUUGUCAAACUUUCAAGAAACCGAACUGUAGGGGUGAGACUUGGAUCUGGGGAGAAACUUGAUGACAUUCUUGCAUCCAUGAAUCAGGUCGCAGAAGGUGUAGCCACAGCAGGAGCUGUUAUUGCUUUAGCACAGAAGUAUCAUGUGAAAUUGCCUGUAUUGACUGCUGUUGCCCGUAUUCUUGAUAAUGAAUUAACACCAAAGAAAGCUGUUUUUGAGCUAAUGAAUCUCCCACAGGUUGAAGAAGUUUAAUUUGAUUUGGCGAACUGUUUCCUUAUGAUAUCACAACAUGUAUGAGAAUGUUUAUUUGGGUUAUGGUAUUUUUUUUAUGGAAGCUCAAAAUUAAAAUGAAAUUAGUUAUUUGGAAUGGAACAUUAAAAAAAAAUCAAAUGAUUUUUGUAUUUCUAAUUCCACCUAUGGAGAUAUAUGAGACUACAUUUCUUUUUUCUAAGAAUUUUUUGUUUUAAAAGCUUUACACUUGUCAAGAUG